AUGUCGUACCCCACCAAGCGUCUUGCAACCAACGACGCUGUAUCCGCUCAAUGCGCAUCCGAUGAACAACCCAGAAACGGCAUCGACGCAGACCUCGCCAUGCGUCUUCGGAAUAUGGCAUCCAGAGUGCGGAAAACAGUUACGGAGGGUUACACCGCCUCUAGUGCUCCCGUUUCGCCGAAUAUCUCCUCGUCGAAGGCUAGGCUGCCAUUCACCCAGUCUAUUCCAUUCUUGUCUGCGAGAGACACGUACCGUGACGUGUAUUUGUCUCGGGCGGAUGCCCCUUCGCCGUGCCCCAACAAGCGGAAGCACACCAUUCUGGAGGAGGCGGAAGAGGAGUUGUCUGACGAGGACAUCGAUAUGGUCAACGAUAUGGAUGACGAUGUCUGGACAGGAGACGCAUCUCAUUCCGUACCUCACUCUUCAAUGUUGAACGUGAGGCCGAUGAAACCUCUCAGGCCAGCCAGACUGCGUUUGACGGGCACUCGCUCACUCCCUGUCGGCAUCUUUCGCUUUACCGACGAUGCGAACGGCGAGAGCUCUACUAUGCCGACAUCACAGUAUGUGGAGGAGGAUUGGAGCAAUCACCUUGCGCCCUCGUCUGGGCCAGCCCUGACGUGA